GUCCCUCGUGUCCUUGCACCUCUGCUAGAUUCCGGAUUGCUGCAGCCGCCUGUCUACGAGGCUCCCGGCUACGGGCGCAAUGAUGGGCCAUUGCGGCAGAACCUGCUCACUUUUUUUUUCAAGGUGCAGGAGCAUCCUGAGGUGCCAGAGAGCGUUCCGCACCUCUACAUUGCAGUGCGCGGGCCUGCCGGAUUCCUUUUCCAAGAGGACUGUUUCGAAGGUUUACAAGCCCUCAGCCCCAGUCUUGGCUCGCAGUUUCCUUGCAGCACGGCAAAGCUCUCUUCGCAACCUUGGUGUCCCGGAGUGAUUGAACCAUGGCCAGCGAAUCUUGAGCCAGUAGCAUGCUUGGGUAUCCAGAGCAGUGCUCGGAUUUCCGUGCCAAACCCCUUGGUGCUGCAAGCUGCAGCACCAGUUGGGGCGACUGUUCCCGCUUUCGAAGACAACAGCAUGUAUGCUUUCAGCAUUCAGGUACAGAAUCCCGAGUUUCAGAUUGAAGCGGGUAGCCAAUGGGCUUUGGAUUUCGUGUUUGAGGCAGGUGCGCCUUUCGAUUCCUUACCGGUGGCGACGUUUGAUCAUGAAGAAACUGUUCUACGUCUGGCUUCGGCGCUGCAUGUGCAGCCCCUGCUUCAAACCAUUGAGCAGCAGUUCAUGCCUUUCCGCCUGGAUUUCAAGCCCUACACCUUAGUUCCAGCACCCAGGAUGUCCAGGAGCCGACGAUUGCAACCUCUUGGGGGUGGUGUGGCGCCUUUGGAGCCAGAUGCAGAGGAGGGAAGCCUGGUACUCCUAGCUCCGCCUGGCUUCCAAUUUCGAGCUGGUGAUUUCGACUUCUGUGCUGAGAUUUCGGUGGAGCGCAAGGACAGGGUCCUGUGGGACACGGCUGCGAUAUUUGGCUCCAUUGAUGCCGUGUGCUACAUCGUUGGGGAGAGCAUGGACAACAUGACGUAUACGCUGAUCAACACCAAGGCGCUGCAGCCUUUGGUGACUUACUCCUUGAAGUCAGUCGUCAAAAACAUAGAUGUAUCAACGUGGCCAAACUCCAAUGUAUGGAUUCUUGAGUCGUUCAAAAGAUUCAUUGCAACUGGCCAAAGCAUUCGACUGGACAGCUACAACGUUCCAGGAACACCCACCGUGGCUCCUUCUCCGGAGUUUGCCGUCAGGAACACCGCGCAGGAAUUCACGGCAGGAGUGCGGACUCCCCACAUCAACGUCUCUAUGAUGUUUAAUUCCGUUCUUCGGAACGGGGAUGUCAUUCGCAUCACACCACCGCCAGGCUUUGACCUCCGUUCUCCAGAUGGUGACUGCCGUGACUUCCAGUGGAUCGGGACAUUUCGGCCACUUGUUCUAUCGCCCCCUCCAGCAUGUAAUUGUACCACGCCACCCCUGCAGUGUCACCUGGAGAUGAAGGUCAUGGAGAACAGUCAGUUUCGUGGCGUCGCCUUGGGCGAACAGGUGAGAAUGGCUUUCGAGAUGAGCGUAAUUAACCCCAUGAUGAUGCCGGACAGCGUGGAGGAUUACUGGCGCAUGGAGCUUUGGCAAGGCACUGUUCCAGAGUACCCUUUCAGCGGAGGACUUGUUGAGAGCUGGCCAGUGUACGGAACUUUGGACAACUUGACGAUAUCGUUGGUUGGUUUUGAGAGACGAGCGGGUGCUAUGAGUGAUUUGCAGUUCGAUUUCAUUCCGAGUGUGUGGGGCACAGCUUUAGAUAUUGUCGUUCACGAGCCGGCUGGUUUCCAAUUUGAGAACGCUCGUGUCAAUGCGCCGUGGAUCCGACAUGAGCUGACAUCGGGAAGCCGGCUGGUCCUGAUUGGUGGCACCCUAGUUCCUGGACAGCCAUCCCAACUCACUCUCUCCUUGGUUCGGCUGGGUGAUGGUGGUGGACCUACGAGGAUUAGCAUCCGCGCUUUUGCCGAUUCGCAGCUCUUGCAUCAAACAGCAAGGAGGAUCAACUUCCUACAGGGCUUCCGACUGCCAGGCGCAGUCAUGGCGGAAAACUUGCGCUUGUGGAGCGAGACAGUGGUGGACCAUUGGUCUGGCCAGCAAGCAGACUCCGUCAGCCCACUGCUGCCCUGCCACACGAACACGUUGGCUCGCUUCGAGAUAUUCAUUCGACUGAGCAAUAUCAUCUUGCAAGGAGAUGCGCUGAUCAUCACGAACAGCGUGCCGUUUGGACAAGCUCCUUGGGAACCAAGUACAGAGACUGAUUACGAAUCAACACUGGAGAUGUGCUUGGCUCAGCACGGAGGUGUAGCCGAAAAUGGCACAUGGAUUUGUGAUCGCGUUCAAGAAGUCAACGUCACUGGCCUGGCAGUAAUCCGAAACAGUGUGGGCAUUGUCAUCGGCAUGCGCUUGACGGUUGGCGCGAUGCGCGCAGAGCAUGUCCUCAGCCAGGCAUCUCUUGAUUUGGUGCAGAACGCCCUGAAACUGGAAGGAAAUCUCGGGUAUCGAGAGCUCGCUCUCGAGGCCAACAGGGACUACCGCCUGCGCAUCUGGCUGCGUGCGUCUCCAGCGCCGACUAUGUGGACCAUUCUUACUGAAGAUGUGCUCGGAUUUCUUUCCAACACGAAUGAUGGUCUGACUCCAGGAGCUGUUGCUGUUCCUGAAAUGGUCUUAACAGCGACUUCGAGCUUGACGCGCAUCCCACCGCAAUCUGCAGUUUACGUUCGCGUUCACAUUCGGACAGGGCCAUCCCAGGGGCCUUUCAGCAAACUACAGCUGCUUCUUCCGUAUGGCUUUGCCCCUUACGGUGCUUCGGCUUCUGGUACAUCUCGGCUGAUCGUCGGGCUGAACAUUGAGCAGGGUGAAGGCGUACUUGAUCAAGAUACCGGAAUGAUAUUCAAUUUGAGGAUAAUGACCCCGUCGAAUGACGUGCCCGAUCUGCGCUGGUUCGUUCUAGCCAAAGAGGUUCUUGUAGACGACGUCACCGGCAUCACAGCAGAGCCAAUUAAUGGGUGGGCUCAGACUGCUGGAUUCGGUGUUGCACCUUGUCCUGUGUCCCUCAUGUACGGUGCGAUUCCUACUGCAACCGGUUGGUUAGCAGUGUCUUUCUACGUCCCUGCAGUGGUUGCUGGCAGAUUUGCUUUGAUCACCGCCCCGGACACAUUUUUGGUGCAAUGUCCCAAGGUGGAAGAGACCGGCUUGGACCUUGCCUGCGAAGACUUCCGAGUCCGCGAAGCGUUUCCCCAAUUUCUGCAAUCUCUCCAACGUACGGUGAAUGUCACACUUGUGGGAGGAACUCAAGAAGGAGAUAAUGUGCUGUACAUGUUCCUCCUCAAUGUCUUGACGCCCGCAGAGCCGAACAUCUUUGACUUUUGGCAGAUCAGAGUCUUGGACAGUGGCUUUGCGGUGGUGGAUGCGGCCCUGGCCGUGCCGCAGCCUCGCUUUGUGCAAGACAUGGAAAUGGGCAAUCCGUCUCUGUCUUGGUUGCAGCCACCGCAAAUGGGGGAGGUCUCCAAUGUGCAAGUGGAAGUGAGUUUCCUUCGCCGGGUCAAGGGGGUCAAGGCCAUUUUAGUGUCCUUGCCCGAGAACUACCGUCACGACAUCCAGCACAAAAAUCAGCUGAGGAAUGUCAAUAAGCAGUUUCCGCUCACCAUCGAUACCGAAUGGCGGGUCUUUGACAACCUGAGGUACAUCAAGGUCCUUGUGGAAGUGACCGAGACAGGUGAGCCGCAGAUUAUCAUUGCUGGCACAUACCAGUGGCAGUUCCCAGUCAUGGUGCCUUUGAUCAGGCCAUUUGCAAGCGAAUGGUAUGUGAGUCUGUGUUCCGAACAGACUUGCACAGAGGUACGGGAUCCUGGAAUUAUGGUCUCCUUCCCUGUUCCCAACAAUGAACCGCAGCUGCCCGCGCGAGUGUUCCAGGUGGUGUCAACAACUGGGGCGAGCUUUCGCAAGUACCUCUCCCUGAGUGUGGCCAUUUUGUUUGUCCUUAUGCCGCAGAAGAUUGCGCUCUGA